AUGGCCAUGAAACCGAGAUUCGACUGGUUUCAAACCGAUACGAGUGUGACGGUCACGAUUUUAAAGAAAGGGGUUGCCCUGAAUGAUUGCCGAGUAACAUUUCUUGACAACGACAUUAAAGUGUACUGCGGUGAUGAGAUCAUUUUUGAGACAACCUUAGCAAGACCUGUGGAUGAGAAGAACUUCACUGUAACAUGCACACCCUCCAAGGUGGAGAUCCGAAUGCCAAAAGCCAGCGCUGGUCAUUGGCCCGUGCUUGGAGCACCUUCUGCUAUACCUGCCACUACCGAAUUACAUCACCCUUCAAAGAAUUGGGAAGCUAUUGAGAGGAAAGCAGUCGAAGAGGAGGAGAAUGAACAGUUAGAAGGUGAUGCGGCGGUUAAUCGCAUGUUCAGAAAAUUGUACAAUGAAGCUUCUGAUGAUGUGAAGAAAGCUAUGAUUAAAAGUUAUCAAGAAUCUGGUGGCCGCCUGAUUGCAUGGAAUACAAACAUUUCGAACAGUGAAGAACGGUCCAUCUUGUCUUCUUCUUCGUCUAUCAUCGAAGGGCAUCCAUUGACUUCACAAGGCAAUUUGAAGUCCGAUUACUUAUCAUUUGUUCGAUUCCAAACGACCGUUGUGGCCGAUCUUAAAACUCUGACUUUUGUUAGUAGUGAUGCUAAAAGCGAGGAAAGCACGAACGAAAUUACGCUUCAUUGCAAACCGUCUCUCCGGUGA